AUGACCUAUGUUGGUAUCUCAGAAAGGGCGAUUUUGCGCAAUGGCCUGGACCUUUCUGAGACCAUGACUUUGUACGAUAGCCCAAUCUGCGCGCACCUCGGCAGUUCAAGUGGCCAGUGUCGGCACAUACGCCAGGUCCCGCAGGUCCCGCAGGUUGCAUCUCGCAAACUGAGCCUCGGGCCAUUGGCUUCUUGCCUGGCGAAGUGCCAGCCUCAAGGAGGCAACUUCUUGACAGCAAAGCUUUGGAUGCGGCAUUGGCCGGAAGAUCUGAGCAUAUGCAGGGCAAGCCCAGGAAUCACCCGCAAGCUUGAGUCAUUGAGUGUACUGCACGGCUGCCUUGCAGGCCGUUGGGUGUUGUCAGACACUGGGUCUUGGUUGGUGCUGAAGGGCGGCAAUUUGCGGUCGAGUUUCUGA